CCAGUAAUUUUAAAUCAACUAGAUUGAAUUAAGUGAUAACGAGUGGAUUUGAACCGGGUUAAUCCGUUAAUGGAUUAGGAGUUGAACCCAUGACCCAUCAAGCCAAUUCAAACUAAAAAAAAAAUUUAAAUCAUCAAAAGACAAUAAAAAAAAAAAAAAAAAAAAAAAAAAAACAUAUCAAAGGGGUGAAGAAGAAGUUUUGCUUCAUCUUUCUUCUUUCUCUUUCAUUCUAGGGCUUCCGCCUGCAAUUUUUUUCUCUCUCUUCCCCUGUUUUCUCUCUCCCUCUUUUUUCAACCCUAAUUUCAUUCCUAAUUCAACCAUUUUCAGAGUUCGAUCAAUCGGAUUAUCAUACGGUGUUCAGUAAUCCGGCCACCGGAAUUUCUCCGGCCGGCAGCUUCCGUCCGUCCGAUUUUCGCUGAUUCUAGAACUUUCUACGAAUUUUACGUCGAUCAAUUUUUUCAAUUCAUUUGUAUUACAAAUUUCGAUCCUUCGAUUUAGGGUUUUGGUUAGUUUUGAAGAUCAAAAAUUAAACAAGGUUUCUAUUUUUUGAUUUCAAGAAGUUGCAGAGGUUACCAGCGAAAUUGCGACAAUUGAGAUUGGAUGAUCUUGCAACUUCGAUCAAGCUAUGACAUCAAGUACGAUAACUGGAGAUCGAAGAUGGGCUUCUGCAAGAAGAGGGGGCAUGACUGUCUUGGGCAAAGUUGCUGUUCCAAAGCCCAUUAAUUUGCCCAGUCAAAGGUUGGAGAAUCAUGGUUUGGACCCUAAUGUUGAAAUUGUUCCCAAGGGCACACUUAGUUGGGGGAGCCGACCAUCUUCUGCUGGGUCUAAUGCAUGGGGUACCUCAGCGCUGUCACCAACUACUGAUGGUAGUAGCUCCUCGCCCCGUCAGCUGGUAGGUCGACCUUCAUCCAGUGGCGGAACUCGCCCAUCAACUGCUGGCAGUGAGAGAGUUCAUGAUUCUAAUGGCAGUGCAUGGGGUUCAAAUUCGAGGCCAUCAUCAGCCUCAGGGAUUUUGGCAUCCAACAAUGCUUCAUCGACAUCUUUACGCCCUCGUAGUGCUGAAACUAGACCUGGUAGCUCACACUUAUCUAGGUUUGCUGAAUCUGCACCUGAAGGUUCUGGGGUUUGGGGUGCAAACACAUCUUCAGAACGGACGGGGGUUGCAUCCUCUGCAAAAGAAGGGUUCUCUUUGACUUCAGGAGAUUUUCCAACACUUGGUUCAGAGAAAGACAAAUCUAACAUGAACAUGGAGACCCUAGAUCAUGCUCCUCAUGGACGUCCUGGUUCUUCGGGUGGAGUGAGAACCACAGAAGAUGGUAGAGGAAUUCCACAUGGUGAUGAUGUCUCCAGAAACUCAGAUGUCAAAGGUAAUUCUUGGAGGAAAGAUGGGCCCUCAUUUGUUGAAGAUGGGCCUCGACCUAACAUGGAAAGAUGGCAUGGAGAGCCUCACAUGUACCCAAACCCUAACAUGGCUCCUCAUUAUGAAUCUUGGCGUGGUGCCCCACCAGUUAACCCUCCUGGAGGAGGCUGGUAUAGAGGGCCUCCUGGUCCUCCUUAUGGUGGUCCUGUACCUCCUGGUGGCUUUCCUAUGGAGCCAUUUCCUUAUUAUCACCCACAGGUUCCUCCUGCUGGUAUAGCCAGCUCUCAGCCAAUGCCCCCCGGUGCUGGCCAUCAUGGACAUCGCCCCAAAAAUGGAGAUAUGCCACACAUGACACAUGUCCCACACAUGCAUCCAGGUAUGCCUAUGAGGCCUGGAUUUUAUCCUGGCCCUGUUCCAUAUGAUGGCUAUUACAGACCUCCGCUGGGAUUUUGUAAUCCCAAUGAACGAGAUUUACCAUUUAUGGGAAUGCCACCUGGACCGCCUGUCUAUACUAGACAUGCAAACCAAAAUGUUCCUGAUCAAAACAAUGUUCGUCCUCGGUCACGGGAAGGUAGGGGUCCUGAACAAGUAGAGCCUGGUCAUCAACAUGAUCCCCGAGGACACUACCAAGUCUUGGGGCAUCCAAACGGUAGUUGGAAUAAGAAUGAGGAAGAGAGGUGGGGACAUAGAGGUACUACUGGCAUUCAUGAAAAAGGGAUCUUAUCAAAGGCACCACUGCAGGAGAAUGCCUGGGAAGAUAAUUACAGGAAAGAUGAGGAUAUUUAUCAUGGCAAACGUGCAACCAAAGAAGUUGGUUCUCGUUUUGAUGAUAAAUUUACUUCUAAUAACCUUUCUUGUGGGAAUUUCCCUGACCGCUUGAGUGAUAUAGAUGAAACUCAGAUAAGUCCUUCCAUGGAGAAUGUAGUUUCUCCUCGAGAUCAUUCUUUGAUACAAAAGUUAGAGGGUUUGAAUGCUAAGGCACGUGCCACUGGCCGAAAACAAGAGGGUUUCCAUAGGGAGGAGGGGCCUAAUGAUAGGGUGCAAGUGAGCAAUUCCAAGGAUCAUCGAUCUGCAAAUGAAGCUAAUUCUGAUGUUGUUUUGGAGCGCCAUCAUCCCACAGGAGUGCUUGUCCCUGUUUCCCGUUGUAAUGAUGUUUCUGCGGUUGAUAAAAAUCAAGAAUCAGCAGUUGCCAGCGCCCCCAGGAGAUCUGUUCGUGGAGCACAAAGUCGAGGAGAUCCUCAUGGAAAAGGAGGGUUUCAUGGACAGGAUUCUGAUGGAUGGGGAAGGAAAUCCAAUACGCAAUCUGUGGUUGAAGCUGGUUCCAGAUCAGUUACUAACGAUCAAGUAGAACACAUUGCAACUGUACAGACUGUUGAGUUGUCGAGGGCAAAUGUUCCGGGAAUAGAUGAUGGGGGAUCGUUUGUGUCAAAUAUUGAUCCCAGUGAUAUGCAGCGUGCUAAAAUGAGAGAGAUAGCAAAACAACGUGCAAUACAGUUACAAAAGGAAGAGGAAGAGCGGGUAAGAGAACAGAAAGCAAAGGCACUUGCUAAACUUGAAGAACUGAAUAGGCGUAGUGCUAACCAGGGAGUGGAAAAUCCAAACUUGAGAGAAUUUAUCCCACCACCUGGUGAUGCUCCAAAGAAGCAAGAUAUUUCUAGGAAUCAGGUUGAAUCAAGUGUGGAUGUUAAUCACAGCACUGGGUCAAGCUCAGCUUCUGCCAAUAAUUUCACCCAGAUAAACGAAAGAACUGCUACUAAAACUGUGGAUUCUUCUGUAUCUUCUAGGCCUCUGGCUGCAGAAACCAAGAGAGGUGCUUGUCAGGAGGAAUCUUUUUCCUCACAGAAUCAAUUGUCAGCAGCUGGCAUUAAUGUUGAUGAUGCUGCUAGUCACAGAACUACACCUCAAGUUCGUGAAGUCUCAAAGCCGAAGCGAGUAGGUCACAAACAAAGGCAAAGUGUUCCAUCGGAGAAAAUUUCUGUACCAGAUGCAAUUCCUGCUGUUAGAACAGAUGUGUUGAAAGAUCUCAAGGUUGCAAGUACAACUCAAGAAGUUACUGGUAGCUUUGUUGCUUCAGGGGUUGGAAAAGAACAGUCUGAAUCACCUGUUAUUGCUGAUUUGCCUGUUCAAAAAAAGAAAAUUCACAAGAGUGGAAAGAGCAGGCACAAGGUAGAGGAGUCAUCAAUUGCUGUUUCUCCAUCUGCAACUCAGUCUAAGGAUUCUAAUCUUGCUCAAGCUAAUUCUGAAAGUACAGAGCAUAAUUUUUCCAGCUUGCCUGUUAAUUCCAUCUCCAUGCAGCUGUCAUCUGAUCCUAAAGAUGGCUUUCAGUCCUCUGAAAACCACUCUUCAUUAUCUCGUGAAGAUACUCAUGGUAAAGUAAAUAGUGCCUGGAAAGCUCAACAUUCUCGGAAGCCCAGAAAUUCACAAGGUAAUAGGGCAUCUGAAAAAUCUCACAGCAAUGACGCUGUUGUUUGGGCACCAGUUCGACCGCAUAAUAAAUUUGAGGUUACUGACCAAACCAGCAAGAAAGCUGCUGAACCUUUGGUCUCUACAUCAACAGGUGAUAAUUUGGUGAACAAUAGCUCCAAAACUAAAAGGGCUGAGAUGGAAAGAUAUGUCCCUAAGCCUGUAGCCAAAGAGCUGGCACAGCAAGGAAGUAUACAGCAAUCCCCAUCUACUUCAGUUGAUCCAUCUGAAACUGAUGGAAGUGGUGGUAGAGACAAGGCUUCUCACAGCUCUGAGAAUGUCAUGAAACCAGGGGCUAAUGUGGAAUCUAAACAUGUAGAUGGUAAGAAUAGGAAUCAAAGGGUUCAGGGAUCGUGGCGUCAGCGUGUUGCUGCUGAAUCAACUUCCUUUCAAGCUUCCCAAGACGGUUCUGCUGCUAAUUCUAGCAAAAAUAGUCAAGCAUCCAAUGGGUCUCAGUCAACUGUUAAGUCUGAUGAAUCCUUUGUGAGAGGACCACCAUCUAGACCUGAUCAAUACUCAGUGAAAGGACCACAAACCAGUAUAUCUGAUGGUUGGGAGAGUGUAACUGAUUUGAGCUCUAAUACACUGGCAGAGUCCACCGAUGUAAAGGGCCUCAUUCCAACAGGAAGGGGGAAAAGGCAUCCAUACAAGGGGCAAAAAGGCAGUGGGAGUCCUCAGAUUCUUGAUCAUAAAGAUCCAAAUGCUGGUUUGACUGAGCUUCAAUAUUCUUAUGUAGAGGCAAAUCAAGUGGAUAAGACAAUGUCUUUAAGAGACAAUCGAGCAGCUGAGGACCGCUGUAUGCCUCAUUGGCAACCCAAGUCUCAAGGCUAUGUUGCACAUAGUCAGCAAGGAAAUAGGUCUCGUGGCAGUCAAAAUUUAAUCCCUGAAGGCGAGGCCUUGAAAUUCGAAACUGGGCCUAAUGGCGGCUCACAUUCUUCAUCACAAUUGAAACAAUCUGCUGCUAAAGAUUCAGCACCAACUUUUGAAAGCAAAGGUCCAGGCGAAGCAAUUCUUAGAACAGGAAAUGAAGAUGCUAAGCGGGAUAAGAAAGUCGCUCCUGUUAAAAGGCGUCCUCAUUCUCCUAUUCAGGAACCAGAAGCUUCCGCAGGGGAGGUUGAACCUGCAUCAUUUGGAGGAUUGGAUGGUCGCAAUGAGCACCGUCCUUCCUCUGGAUACCGCAAGAAUGGGCGUUCUAAUCGAGGACAUGAUUCUCGUGGGGAUUGGAGCUCGACGGUCCAAGAAAACAAGCAGCAUUUUCCAUCUGCAAAUCGUGAGAGGCAGAGGCAGAACUCACACUAUGAAUACCAGCCUGUGGGACCAUAUAAUAACAGCAGUAGAUCAAAUGACCCUGGGGUACAAACCGAGAGUCAAUCUGGAGCUUCGAGAUUCCGGGGGAGGGGAGGACAGGGUCAUUCAAGGCGCGGCAGGGGGAAUUUUCAAGGGAGGCAAAGUGGUAAUGAAUGAUUGAGAUUGUGAAUCCAGCUUCCAGUAGUGAUGUCUUAAAUCCGAUUCAUUUUCAUCCAGUAAUGUAAGCCUAAAUGUCAUCCUCCCUCAGCAGCAGGUAAUUUGUAAUUUUAUUAGAGUUAGUUUAUUAAUCCCUAAUCUGGAUAUUAAGUUGGUAAUUGACUGGUCGACGACCUCAGGAUGAAGGGGCUGGUGAUGGUGCAGAUAUGAAUCAUUUGGGCUAGCUGGAGCCGGAGGUGCUUCCUGUAUUUCUUAUUUACUAUUUUGCGUUGAUUUUUGCUUAAAAAUGUAUUCUCUUAACUAGGUAGGCCGUGGAUUUCAAUGCGAUGGCUCCGGUACCUUUCACCAUUUUUAGCUGAAAGCCCUUGUAUGUAGUAAUCCUUGAUCCUAGUGCUCAAUGACUAGCAAUUGCCAAUAUGGAAAUGGGAAAUUGUUCUCCGAUUCCACUUGUGUAAAAGAACAAAAUGCUCACCUUUUCAAUUUUUACUAAUUAUGUUCUGAUC